CCCAGCAGCGGAGCCGCACAAGCCCGGACGGCCGACCGACCAAGGUUGAGAGCCGCAGAGCAGUCGGCGUCGGGGCUCCGGAGCGCCUUCUGCCCGCUUGGGCUGGCGAACGAGGGAGCGAGCGCGCCGAGGGGAAAGAGCCCCAGCCGGGGGCCGCCUCCCCAUCUCCUUCGCCCGCGUCCUCCUGCCUGCCUGCCUCCUCGGUGGGAGCGCGGAAAGUUUUGCCGUCGGAGCUUUUGCAGCCACUUUUUUGAUUUUUUUUUUUGAAACCCGGACCGACUAGAAGAGCUCGGGGCUCCCCCGCUUGCCCCGGGACGGCCGUCCCGUCUUCAGCCGCCUCUCCCCCCACCCCCUGCGCCUGACAUCGGGAGACCCUCUGCGGACGCCCCGCCUCUCCGGAGCUGGAUUUUACCCGGCCGCCCCGUUAACCGUCGAGCAGCCUCCGCUCUUCGCCGCCUAGAAGCGCCUCGGGGCUUUGCUCUUCGCUCCGCGCUCGCUGCUACUACCACCGCCGCCCCUCUCUCCAUCAGCAUCGCCUCCCACCCACCCCCAGCUACCGGCGCAGUCUAUCUUAGCCUGGAGGGACGUCUCUCUGCAUCCCAGGAUGGGGGUCGGGGGGUGCUUAGUCCUGCCUUGGCGGUGCCUGGUGGUCGUGUGUCUGAGGCUGCUCUUCCUUGUGCCCGCAGGUGUGCCGGUGCGCAGCGGAGAUGCCACCUUCCCCAAGGCCAUGGACAACGUGACGGUCAAGCAAGGAGAGAGCGCCACUCUCAGGUGUACUGUGGAUGACCGAGUCACGCGAGUAGCUUGGCUGAACCGUAGCACUAUUCUUUAUGCUGGAAAUGAUAAGUGGUCGAUAGAUGACCGGGUGGUCAUUCUCACAAACACCAAAACUCAAUACAGUAUCAAGAUCCAUAAUGUGGACAUAUAUGAUGAAGGCCCCUACACCUGCUCUGUACAGACAGACAAUCAUCCCAAAACGUCAAGAGUUCAUCUUAUCGUCCAAGUUCCCCCUCAGAUUAUAAACAUCUCAUCAGACAUCACCAUCAACGAAGGCAGCAGUGUCACUCUCCUGUGCUUAGCCUUUGGGAGACCAGAACCGACAGUAACAUGGAAGCAUCUCUCCAGCAAAGGUCAAGGAUUUAUAAGCGAUGAUGAGUACUUGGAAAUCACGGGCAUCACGAGAGAACAAUCUGGUGAAUAUGAAUGCACCGCGGUCAAUGAUGUGGCAGCGCCCGAUAUUCGGAGGGUAAAGGUGACCGUUAACUAUCCUCCAUCCAUCUCCAGUCCUAAGAAUACUGGUGUUUCAGUUGGUCAGAAGGGGAUCUUGCGUUGUGAGGCCUCAGCUGUUCCAGUAGCAGAAUUUCAGUGGUUUAAAGAAGAAACCAGGUUAGCAAAUGGGCUGGAUGGCUUGAAAAUUGAAAACAAAGGACGGAUGUCCACGCUGACCUUCUUUAAUGUCUCAGAGAAGGACUAUGGCAAUUACACCUGUGUGGCCAUCAACAAACUGGGGAACACCAAUGCCAGUAUAAUUCUGUAUGGCCCAGGAGCAGUACACGAUGGCAACAAUGCAGCUUCCAGAGCAAUGGCCUGCAUCUGGCUAUCGGGCACUCUCUUUGCUUAUUUCCUGCUCAAGUUUUGAUAAGAAGAGCGAGGAUCCUUGCAAAAUGCUGCCUGGUUUCUCCCACACCACAGACUUUUAACCAUCCACGCCGCUGGGGGGAACCUGAAAAAAAAAGGAAACCAGUCUACAGCUUGAUUCUAUUGCUGGGAGGACAAGGGGAGGGAGGGGCAUUCUGAUACCAAGCCAACCACCAUCACAAAUAUUUCCCAAAGCUGAAUCAGUUUUCAACAUCCUUCCUGGACCAUUCCAUCCUCCUCAAAUGCCCUGUGGAAAACUUCUCGACUUUCUCCUUUCUAUGACCGAAUGCUUCUGCCUGCCCCUGGAAGAAGAGAUGCUUUCGUCCAAGAGACAACUGUCCAUCAAGCAAGUCAACAAAGCAUCCUCUUCCUUCGGUGUCUCCUUGACCAACGGAACUGCCCCCCCCUUUUUUUUUAAAAAAAAAAAGAUAACGCUGUACAUAUCUGUUCAUGCUUCAAAGCGUCUACUCAUUUUCUGGAUUCUUGCCUCCCCUUUGGUUGGUUCUUCGAAGGCCUUCGCUACCGUUCUGUGAAGGCCGUCUUUGCAAGCCCCCACUCCCCCCCAGGAUGUGGGUUCACAUGAAGGAUGGAAGUGAUGAUGGGGGAACCAUGUUGCACUUUAAGAAGCAGACUAUGAGUUAGUCAACGGAUGGGCGUGUUGGAAGCUCUCCUCUUCGCUAUUAAAGAAAAACCUGGAGUGAUGGAAUGGAAAGUCAAGCACAUCCCAUUUAUCAGCCUCAUCAGGCCAUCGUUCUGCCCAUUCAUCCAUUCAUCCAUCCAAUUAUCCAUCCAUCUGCCUUCCCAGUCAUUUAUUUGCCAUAUUAAUCAAUUAAUCAAUGUAAUUAUCUGAUGAGCUUUUUUUUUUAAAAUCCAAAUUGUUCCUCUUCAAUUCCCCAUCCAUUCUUCCAACAUCUAUCAGCCUGAUCACCUCCAUCGAGUCCUGCCGUUCGCUAGACAUUUUUUUUUAAUUCCUCAUUAUUCAACCCAUUAUUAGUUUUAAAUGUUCCGCUGCAGUCUUUUGGCCCUUCUUCGCCGCAGAGGGAAGGCACAGAGAUGGUUCGCAAAGGAUCAAAAUGAAUAAUAUAGAUGAAGAAAAGGCACAGUAAAAUAAUAAUAAUAAUAAUAAUAAAAAUCAAAGAACGGGCAAAGACAAUGGAAUAAUAUUUCGGAGCGCAUGGGCAUCAGCAAUUGUGUCACUCCAUGGAUUCUAAGCCUUUUGCAUUCUUCUCCAUUAUCAUCCGAGCGAAACAUUUCCAUUGUCAAGCAUUGCCUUAAAAUAAUUCAACUUAAAAGUGCUGAAUUUAGUGGGGAAAUAUUUGCCAUCCUUUCCAAUGCCCCCAAUUUUCUACUGCACACAGACAUUCAAAGAGACUCAUUGUUUUUCAUUAUCCAGAAACAGCAAUGGGAUCGCCCUUCCGCCCCCCUCAACCCAGGCCAAGCCUCCCCAGAACAACUUUUGUGUUUGUUAUCUUACACAUCCAUCCUCAGAACGGAAGCUGUUGGAGGCCAAUUACUUUGCUAGUUUCUUCCGACAUUAGUUGUACAUUUCUUCAGAAACCUCUCUGGAACAGAAGGGUUUUUGCACAGCAACUUAAGUUCUAAGCGUUUAAUUAACACCGGAGAAACACCGGAGAAGCAACAAAUCAAGAGAUGGGACGAAGCAACGGAGGAGGAGAUCCAUGCGAUUUUGUGUGUGCCUCUUCGGUUUCUUCACUAGCCCUGCAGAGCAGCUAAGGAAUUGUUUCAGGUCAUGGUUUUGUAAAAGCACCACUGAUGGUUCCUGAAAAUUUCUCCCCUGGCUCCUCUUUCUGGAUGAUCCAAGGUUCGAAUUGCUUCUAUCUGCACAAAAAAAAAUAUCCUAAAUGUUGUAGGAAAGGAUUUUGCUUCCUACAAGGAAAGGAAAAAAAAAAAAGAAAUGCUGUUUUUGUUUGUAUUGGUGAUGGGAUAUUUGUGGAUGUCUGGAAUAAACAAGAAUUAAAAAAAAAAACCUACUAACAUUACAGACCACUGUUAGAAAGAAAUAUCAACCAAUAGGUAGUUCUAAUCUAUAGAGUGCUAAGAAGAACGCGGACACGACUCAUUUCAAAUCAAGACCCUGAACAAGGUUGGACAGCUGGGAUGAGUGAUGUCAUCUAACACAAAGAUGACCCCUGGAGAGGAGCCAAGUUCCCAAAUGUCUAGUUUGUGCAUUUUCUUUUGGUGGUAGGUAAAGGUUAUUUCUUAGCUGGAGAACCAAGAUGGGGAAAUAAUUCAUUGUUCCUGAUGUUACGUUUUUUUUUUUUCUCUCUUGGGGAACGUUCUCGGUAGGUGGAUGGUUCCAAGACUGUCUUCUUCAGCCACAACCCUGAAAAGCAGUAAGGACGUAUGGCAGCCACCGUACUGAGCUGCUCUCAGUUGUGUCUAGCCAACACCAAUGGACCUUGUGAGUGACUGGUUCAGAUUCUCAGUGGGUCUACCUGGAUGAGUAAAGAGAUGUCCUGUUCAAAGUGUUUAGCUUAUCGCUCCAUGUACAACAACAGUUCGAAGAUCCUGACGUUUUCUUAUACAAGACUAAAAUAUUUGGGUGGUAUAUUCAUAUUUAAAACACGGGAAGGGUCAGGGCCUGGUUUUUAGAUGAGGGAUGAAAACAGAGACACCCCCAGCUGCAUUAUUAUUAUUGAAUGUACAGACGUUUUCAUCCCAUAACUUAUUUUACUGUCCAUAGUGACACGUUUCUUCGGAUGUCAAGAAAAGAAGUCAUCAGACCUGGAAUUGGUGGUUGAUUUUUUGAGGUGGGGACAGAGAGGGAAAUAUAAAAAGCUGGAGGACAUGGCUUUCGCAAUGAUGUCAUUCUCUUGUCCAUGUCACUCAAUGCUUUCUUUCCCAUAGAUGAUGCCAGCGAUAUAGCACAACUUUCCCUAUUCAACUCGGAAGCUGUUCGUAUACUGAAAUAGCCUUUGAGAGCUUAUGCCACAAUUUCUCCUUAAAGUGUCAUAAGAUGCUGUGUUGUUUUCAUGUGAUCAUGUUGUCACGCAGGGCCUCAGUGCCGUAAAGCUUUUUGAAGUCUGAUUUAAUCUCUACCCGAAAGUCUGUUAAAUGCAAAAGAGAUUUCUGUCCCUGCAGAAACUGGUGAGCUAUAUUUGGCCAAAGACUCGCUUCUUCGCCCCAGAGUUAAAAAUAGGCAGCUAGAUACCUAUAAAUGCUCAGAAAGUUGAUAGCUUUUCCCUCAGCCUUAGAGAAUUUUGGAGAGAAAAAAAAAAGAUGCAUUUGGACUUUAGUUGAUCCUGACUCCAGCGGCGGAUUUUUGGCUGAUUUAGAAAGAGCUUUAGAGAAAUACUGUCUCCAUGCAUAUACACAGAGAGACAAACAUUAACUUGCUCACAUGCAUGUCGGAAGUACCUAAAAUACUUCUGGAUUGAAAGGAUUAGCUGACGAUUAGCUCCAAUUGGACGGAGAUGCCCAAUUGGAUAGAUAGUACCUAUCUAUCUACUUGCGAUUAUACACUUUCAAACUGCUAGGCUGGCAGGAGCUGGAGUGAAUGACGGGAGCUCACCCUGCCACGCAACAGCACAUGGGUCUCAAACACGGGCUUGCUGAUCGUCCACCCAGUGUCCUAACACGUGAGCCACUGCGCUCACGCUAACUCGUAGUCAAGUGAAAUCAACUCUUGGUUUGACUUAAACCACAAACUCGUAGGACUGCAGUGGUGCCCCCGGAUCAAAACAAUGGGCCUAUUAUUCAUAGAACAGUCAUCAUGCCAGUGGUGGAAUUCAGCCAAUUCGCACCACUUCGGGAGAACCGGUUGUUAACUUUCUGAGCAGUUUGGUGAACUGGUUGUUGGAAGAAAUCGUUAAAUUAUUUGAAUCCCACCAAUGCAUCAUGCCCUUAUCCACUCGAAGUAUCUAUGGGUCUUCAAAGGGGGCUAUGCAGAAACUGGUAAGAUCGGCAGAGCGACGGGAUUUAAGAGGUUUAAAAUCAUGCCAUAUAUAUAUAUAAUUAUAUAUAUAUAUAUAUAAUUUAUAUUUUGCUGAUAAAGAAAUAAAGGGAGACUAGUAUAGCUCUAUUUCAAGCUUUUUAGCUUUUAUCAGCUAGCCGUACCCUUACUCGGAUUCGAACUUGGGCUUCCUGCAUGUUAGGCAGUUGAAUUAACCUUCUGAGCCACAAGUUCUCCUCCCUUCAUCAGAAUGCCCCCUCCCACAUGUUGGGGUAGACCAGGUGUCUCAAUAGAAAAACACUUAAUAUAUAGAUCAAACCAACCCCUUGGGAUUAGAACUAAACUGAGUGGAAGGAAAGUGAAGACACUCUAGCUGUAAGUAAUUCUCUUGGAGAUUUUCUGCAUCGGGGGAAACGAGCUACUCUUCCUGAAUUAAGUGCACUGACAUUCUGGUGACACAGCAUAUGCUAAGUUUGCUGAAGAAUGAUUAAAGUUAAGUGCCUGAUGUGUUCAGAUAUUUUUCACAUGCCUCUGGGAGAAUGCGUUUGGGUUGAUGAGAAAUGCCUCACGUUUUGAAGGUGAAACCACUUCAAGCAUCUCCUCCACCAACCACGAGAGAGUCAAGGCCAAGGUGGCCCUCAAUCAGUUUCCACGAGGACUUGUAGGAAGCUUCCAUACACACACACACACACACACACACACACACACACACACACACACACACACACAUAUAUACACACCCUUUGAUUUUCAAGUCAGCCAUCGUUCUAUGUGCUAAAGUUCAUUUGCGUCAAUAAGCCCGCAUACGAGUAAAUAGACACAAGGUUGCAGACAUUGAGAUGAAUCUUUCAAAAAAGAAAAUAUGGCACAAAAAACCCUCCCCACUUCAUUGAAAUUGAAGAUACGUAAGGGGAGACUAACAAAAGUUUUGACACUUUAGAUUGCUGUUGUCAGUCUAAGCACUUUCAAGCAGAUUUCAUAUAUGGUUUACCCAGGGUCUUUUCCCAUGAAAUAUUGGAUGCUUUCUUGCAGAGAAUAUAGAAAGGUGCUCUCACCGUUUGAGGGAUGCUCCUCAGACCUUUUUCGUAACCAUUUGUAGACCUCCUUCGUGCAAAAUGGAUGUCCCACCCCUGAAGUUCUUUCUCACUUGCUUUGACUUGGAUAUAUAUGAUGAAUUUUGUCAGAAUUAUCUACUUUUAUCACAAAUCACCUCCCCUCCGCUCUUACCAGUGCUGAUCACAGUCAUUAGUACAAGUAGUCCUUGACUUAACAACUGCUCAUUUAAUGACCCUUUGAAGUUACAAUGAGCGGUCCUCGGAUGUAUGGCUGUCGAAGCAUCAGCCACAGGAUCAAAAUUGCAACAGUCGCCUUGUUUAGGAAUAGAGAUUCUGGUUGUAAGCCGAGGACUGCUUGCACGGCCUGGAGUAAGGUGAAAUGUUGUUUUUUCAUACACUAUUACUACUUGUGCUAGUACAACAUACACAUUCCAUUGGAUUAUUAAAUCCAUGAAGUCAAUCCAAAACUCUUCUAACGGGGAUGUUUUGCACCUUGCCAAAACAACAACAACAAAAAAAAACCCUUAUCUUCCAAGAAUGUAAGGACACACAAGUUGCAUUCACAAAAAAAAUGAAACUCUUUUGUAGCUAGCUCCUGCUUGCCUCUUUCUAUCAAGCACAAAAGUUCUUAUUUUGGCUUGUUCAAUAUAAUCGAGCAUUUCUGGAACUGUGGUUUGUUUCUUUCCUAAGGAGGCUGAAAGGGAAGUCACAUCAUCUUCAUUUAACGACCCCAUAAUUCCUUGCAGGGUGGAGUCUGGGCAACUGAAUGGAGCUAGCAGAGUGUUUUACUGACCGGAUGCCCUUCCUGUCACCAAUGCAGAGUUUUGUUCAGCGAAUACAUUCUCUCUCCCAGAGAGAGAAAUAUCUGCCUCUACUUAGGAUCGAACUCACAGCCUCCUGAUUGUGAGGUGAGACUCCACCUCUAGGCCACUGCACCACUAAAGGGAAGUCACAUCUACUUCUUUAAUUAUCCCUGGUUUGUGGGGGGGGGGAGACAAACCAGGAAUGAUGGUCCACAUGUAUGAAUUAAGCACUUUCCUAUUAUGUAGUUUUAGAUGGUUCCCCCAAUAGAAGGAAUCAAAUCGGUUUGAUUAAAGAGAGAACUCUGUAAAGUAACUUCUUUUUUAAGACAUGUCAACACAGCCAUAAUGAGUUAGACAAGCUUUUCAUCUUAAUGUAGACUGAUAUAGUUUGAUGAAGAGAGGGGAAACCAUGGCAAUGUUAUCUAUCCAAACAGAACUGUAAGGAUAGGCCAUUAAUUUAAAAACUCAGACUCUUAGCACAAUAAAACAGGAAAUAUUUCUUUCUACUUUUUGCGGUUGAGUAACUGCAAAUAAUGAAAAAUACAUGAAAUAUAGGACUGGCCUUACAGGCUCCCUUUUCUCUUUCUCCUUAACCAUCUAGCUCCGAAGAAGAGUAAGCCAAGAUUUAAGUUAGCUAGUUCUUCUCUCAUCGGUCAUUCCAAGUUUCCCGUUUCCAGUAAACUUGAAUACAUUGUCCAACAAGACAACUUCAAAACAUUUCCAACAUUUUUUGGGGGGGAAAAAUUAGAACUUAUUUCAAACUUGGUUUGUUGUUUGCAGUGUAAGUCAGUUAACUGAAAGGGAAACCAUCAUGGCUGAUUCCUCCAUUGGCUGGGAGAACUGGCAUGUAGUCCUUUCUGUUUGAUGGCGUCAUUAUGCUUGGCAUAAGGUGCUCAUUCAGUCAUCAUGUAAACAAAAUAGCAAGCAUUUUGCGCUUGCAUUCUAGUGACCCACACUGCUAAUCAAAAGCUAUUCCCGUAAGCUCCAUGUUAUCUGUUUCAACCAAUUGUGAUUGUACCUUCAGUUGCAUCAAUCGCUUGUCUUUAAACAAGGAAGCCAUUGGCUCCUUGGUAGGCUUGCUGCUUAACCCUGCUGUGAGCCUUUACUUCUCUCGGAAAAUCUGCUCUUCAAAAAGCGAAUUAAAAUGCAGAUUGCAAGUCAAGACACAUUUCGACCUAGUUAUGCUAUCAGCUGAAUUUAAGACACUUAAAGCAUUCUUGGACGUGACCUCUCCUCCUUCAGAAAAUGAAAUGAUUAAUAUCAAACAUGUAUCUGGGCCACCAGCCUAAUCAAAACAGAUCUACCCACUAGAAGACAGCUGCAUCAAGGACUAUCUCUAGUUUUAUUUUUUAUUUUUUUAAAAAAAUGUGAUUGCUGUUCAUAUAGCAAUCCAAAACUUCAUUUAGGUUUUUCUGGGACACUGUACAAGCCCUUUGAAGAGCUAAGAGCCAUUCCACACGACCUUAAUAAAAAAAUAUAUAUUAGGAACCUUCAAUCUUUCGAGGUUGCUUAUAUUAUUUAAUAAAUAAAUAUCCACAAGAAUUCAGAGAUUCCCUGCUUGUUCCUAGGGGUGUAAAAUUUUCCUUGCUCACAGUCUAAGGGCUCAUUUUGUGAAUUUCAAUAUUCUCGCGGAUGUCCGUUCUCUAUUGAAAUAAAACACAGGAUCCCUACGGAUGCAUUAAAAGCUCAUCGCGCCAAGGAUGCUAAACAAUAAAACACCUGGUUUAGUUUGAUACUUCGUAAAAAAAAAUAGCCAAUAGAUUAAAUUGAAGGCCAAACCAACAUGAGGGAGAAUUCAUCCGAUCUCUCUCAAAAUUCUUCUGUCCUGUUUAUACUCAUGAUUCUGAAUUACUGAAAAUGGACGUCAUGAAUGAAAAUUCUCCUUUUACCGGACUGAAAUGAACAACUCACUGUUUGAAUUAAGCAAACAAACUGACAAAAAAAAAAAAAGUAAUCCCAGAAUAGGGGAAAAAUAAUUUCUGUUAUUGACACGUACCAGAAAGCAUUUUUUUUUCCUUUCAAACAAAAUCCAAUUAUUGUGCAAUGUAUAAGUGCAAUUGUGAGGAAUCUUGUUGCUUGUAUGAAAACGUUACCUGUCCAUUUCAGAGUCCUUAUCUUUGCUAGACCUUAUACAGGUUCUGUGACUUAUCAAUGGUGCAAUUCUUCUAGCUGUAUCAAAGCUAUGGGCUGUGCAUAUUGUUUUCACACCGUUUUAUCCUAUAAAAAGAAAAAAGAAACAAACAAUAGUAAAUAAAUUUUCAGUGUUCAAAUGCUUUAAUGAGGGGGGAAAAAAAGUAUAAUCCAAUGGAAGUUUUUAAAGCAUUAUUUUUUUCUUUUAUUCUGUCAGCCUUCUAGAAAUACUUUUUUAAAGUUUAUUUUUAAUUUCUUAAAGCAAAUGAAGUCAAGUCUCUUUUUUUUUCCUGUCAAUAAUCGUAUUAAAAAUAAAAAAAAACAAAAAAGGUGAAUAUACUACCUGAAAUUUUGUGCAUGUUACAUUGUAGUUGUAACCUUUUCUAAUUCAGAAAGAAUAAGAGAUGGUUGUGAUUGUGCAGUGUAUCAAUAAAGUUUGGAGAAAUUUGUA